AUUUUCAAGCAAAACAACGAAGAGGUUUGUUCGUCGAAGAUUUUAUGUUAGUUCGAGAGUUUUUAGAGAUAAGAAAUAUAUAAAAAUAAACUAAUCAAAGUGAUAUAAAUCAAUAUUAUUUACAUUAACAAUAACAAAAAAGAAAUUGUAAAUAUGUUGAUAGAAAAAAGAAACAAAUGUAAUUUAAUUUUAACAUUUAAAUUCAGUGCAAUGGAAUUAUAUUUAUUUGCAAUAACUUUGGCAAUUGCCAUGCAAACAUCACAUCAGAUGUCAGCAUCAGCAUCACCGACACCAACAACGACCACAACAAUACAAAAGUCGAAAUUGCGAUCAAUUAUGCCAACAGGAAUUUUUACAUCAAAUCCAGGUAUUUACAAUGUUGACUUAAAUACCUACGAAGAUUUUGAUGUAUACGUGCCCCAUAGCAGUGAUGCCCACGACUACUUCUCAUGGAAUUUGCUUAAGAAUGUUGUAGAAGAAGAACAGCACAACGUCAUAAUAUCGCCAUUUUCCGUUAAACUGAUACUGGCGUUGCUAUCAGAAGCAGCUGGAAAUAACACCCAGACACAAAAGGAACUAAUUGACACAUUGACAGACAUCAGAUCUCCUGACAAUUUGCGUGGGUUCUAUAAGAAGACGCUUACUUCACUAAAACAAGAAAGUCCUUAUCACAUACUAAAUUUAGAGACAAAACUCUAUGUUGAUGCAUUCAUUGAGCCCCAGCAGAAAUAUGCAGGCAUGUUGCAUGCGUUUUAUGACACCGACAUACAAAAUUUGCAGUUUUCAGACUUAAGCGGCUCUGCAGAUACCAUAAACACUUGGUGUAAGAAUGUUACCCAUGGUAGAAUACGUCAAUUGGUGAGUGAAGACAAUAUCGAAAAUAACGUGAUGUUAAUGGCGAAUGUGAUUUACUUUAAUGGCUUAUGGCGCCGACAAUUCAAUGAAACAUUUGAAGGUGUCUUCUUCAAAACACCAUCUCAACAACUUCGAGUGCAAUAUAUGGAACAGACAGAAUAUUUUUAUUUUCAUGAAUCGAAAAAUUUGAAAGCAAAAAUUUUACGUUUACCCUAUAAAGGAAAGAAAUUCUCCAUGUUCAUUUUAUUGCCGAACGGUACACUAAAUGACCUCAUACUUAAUUUAUAUAAUGAUCAAGUGAAGAGCAUGCAAUGGCUUAUGGAAGAAACGAAGGUUAAAGUGACAUUGCCAAAAAUCAAAUUUGAAUUUAAUAAAAACUUGAAACAAACCUUGAGAAAUUUAGGCGUAAAAGACAUUUUCACUGAUAAUGCUUCCUUACCGGGACUAGCAAGAGGUGCCGAUGUGACACGUAAACUAAGAGUUUCUAAUGUAUUCCAAAAAGCUGGAAUUGAUAUUAAUGAGAAGGGCACAGAAGCUUUUGCCUCUACCGUUGUAGAAAUUGAUAACAAAUUCGGCGGCAGUAGUGCAAUUGAAGAGUUUAAUGUUAAUCGUCCAUUCUUAUUUUUCAUUGAGGAAGAAGCCACAGGGAAUAUUUUAUUUGCAGGCAAAGUUAAUGAGCCAGCUUUUGAAAGUUCCUAAACAAGUACUGAAAGUUAUAUCAAUCGAGUUUCGAACAAUUUCAGCUUAUGCGUCUUGAGUUUUAUUCAUCAACACUAUACAUAUGUAACAAUGGUGGCAUCAAAUAAUUAAAUAAUUUGUAAAUGUGUUGUCGCCAUUCAGUUUUUAUACAUCAUCAAAAAUAAAAUAAAUGAAAAC